CGGACGGCAAGGAGGAGAAGGCGCGCAUCCGGGUACGCUACGCUGUGCUCUGCGCUCGGUCUGUGGCUGAAGCGCUGAGUGGGUCUUUUGCUGCUGCUGCUGCUCUCAGGUGGAAGGAAUCAUCCGUGACGACUUCACGAUGGAAGGCUACGAGAUCCUCGAGCUGCUGUGCGAGCUCCUGGCCGAGCGAGCGGUGCGUCUGUGUCCGCCGCCUCGACUCCCCGCAUUGACUGUAGCUGAGCUGGGCUAACCCCUGUUGUGGCAUUGCAGAACCUCAUCAAGACGGAGGCCGACUGUCCGUACGACAUGCGCGAGGCCGUGUGCACGCUCAUCUGGGCGGCGAGUCGCACCGAGAUCCCGGAGCUGGCCGAGGUCAAGAAGCAGCUCACCAAGAAGUACGGGCAGGACUUCGAGGCCGCCGCCAUCCGCAACGUGGACGGCUGCGUGAACGAGCGCGUGAUCCAGAAGCUCAGCGUGCAGCCGCCCAGCGCGUUCUUGGUGGUCAACUAUAUGAAGGAGAUCGCCAAGGAGUUCAAGGUGGACUGGGAGCCCGACGAGGCGGAGGUGACGGACCCGCUGGCGCCGAUCCCGGCACCGACAGGCGCCACCGUCGUGAGUGCAGCUGUGUCUGGUCCCGAUUUUGCCGCCCUCUACGCCUCGGUACGGGUGUCUUCAUGGUAUUUCGCAGCCUGGACCCCAGACUGAUCGUUCUAACACUGCAGUUUGUGUGAUGUGAUGCGAUGCGAUGCAGGCCCCUCCGCCCGGCAACAUCCCUUCCUACCUGCCGAACGUCCCAUCCGGUGCGCCUAGCACCGCCCCCACUGCGCCUGCUGCUCGGCAAGGUUCUUUAUCGCGGCGGACGGUGGACACCUACACGAACCAGCCAACCCACUACUACUCCACAAUGUCAUCGCAACCGGUUUCCCAGUACGAUGACGCUCCUGCCGAGUCCGCGCAGCUGACACCAGCUCCGUACAGUGAAAAUCUUCCACCCGCUGCAGUUCCAGCUCCUGCUCCUGCUCCAGCGGCCCCAACUUCCAGUGGCGGAAUCCCCGACUUUGACGAGCUUACUGCUCGCUUCGAGCGGCUGCGCAAGCGGCAGGACCGACACGACCAGGACAACACUUCCUUCACGUUCUAGGCGUGCACGUACGUAAUACCUAUAUCGAUAAAAUGGUUCGCUACACAUUGCUUUGCACCAGCAAAGCACUCGAUGUUGGCUUUGAUCGAGCGGUUGCGCGACACCAAACCGCCAUUGGCUUGGCCUCAGAAAAUCAAUAGUGUAGCAUAUCCGGUCGGUAACUCAAGACGAACCGUAGCCACAAAGUUGCUGCUCUUGGCGAAGGCUACUCGGCAUGUCAAAGUGCCACCAGUGCUGGUCGCUGUCUGCAAGAGGACAAGCACUCCGUUGAGACGAAUUGCGCUGACGUACAAAUGAGACGAGUUUUGCGUUAGGACGCGCCUCAAAACUCUUAACCACUUUACUGAAAUCAAGGUGAAAACCAUCCGUACAGCUUCUUUUGCAGCGUUAAACCAGGUUGAACUUGCGCGCCACACCAGCGGCACACAGCGUACACAGCGCCACGCACUUCAAGAUCAUUCCCAAACCUGCCGCCGACCGCCCAAGCCUCCGCCUUGCCUCCGUCCCCGCCGCCGCCAUGAGCUUCGUGCCCGUCGCCCCCGACUGCGACUUCCCCAUCCAGAACCUGCCGUACGGCGUCUUCUCCCCCAAGGGCGGCGAGAAGAAGCGCGUGGGCGUCGCCAUCGGCGACUUCGUGCUGGACCUGUCGGUGGUGGAGACCGAGGGCCUCUUCGAGGGCUUCGACGCCGCCGGCUUCCACGACUCGUCGCUCAACAGGUUCAUGGCGCAAGGACCCAAGGCGUGGGCCACGGCUCGCGCCACCAUCCAGCGCCUGCUUUCCGCCGACGUGCCGACGCUGCGCGACAACGCGGCGCUGCGGCAGCGUGCGCUGAUCCCCCUGCAGAACGUGCGCAUGCACCUGCCGGCCAAGGUCGGCGACUACACGGACUUCUACUCGUCGCGCGAGCACGCCACCAACGUCGGCCGCAUGUUCCGCGGGGAGAACAACGCGCUGCAGCCCAACUGGCUCCACUUGCCUGUCGGCUACCACGGACGCUCCUCGUCGCUGGUGCCGUCGGGCACCAAUGUGCGUCGCCCGUACGGCCAGCUCCAGGCUGACAAGACGGACCCGUCUAAGGGCUCCGUCCACGAGCCGUGCCGCGUGCUGGACUACGAGCUUGAAAUGGCGUUCUUCGUUGGCGCCCCGAACAACCUUGGCGAGCCGAUUCCGAUGAGCAAGGCGGAAGACCACAUCUUCGGCGUGGUGCUCAUGAACGACUGGAGUGCUCGUGAUAUUCAAAAGUGGGAGUACGUUCCGCUCGGACCGUUCGGAGCCAAGAACUUCGCGACCACCAUCUCGCCGUGGGUCGUGCCGCUGGCAGCUCUCGAGCCGUUCCGGUGCGAGCCGAGCUUUGGCCCGGUCCAGAAGGACCCUACUCCGCUGCCGUACAUCACGGACCCCAAUUAUGCCCGCGGUACGUACGACAUCAAGCUGAACGUGGCAAUCAAGCCGGAGGGCUCGGAGAAGGCCUACACCGUGACCAAGAGCAACUUCCGCAACAUGUAUUGGAACAUGAAGCAGCAGCUUGUCCACCACACGGUCACGGGAUGCAACAUGCAGCCUGGCGACCUCUUGGGCAGCGGCACUAUCAGCGGCAGCACGGACGACAGCCUGGGCUCGAUGCUGGAGCUGAGCUGGCAGGGCACGCGCGAGGUCGCCCUCGGAGACAGCGGCCUCACGCGCAAGUUCCUGCAGGACGGCGACACGGUGGCGGUCACGGGAUACUGCCAGGGAGACGGCUACAGGAUAGGCUUUGGAUCGUGCGAGGGCAAGAUUCUGCCUGCACACCUGUGAGCCGUCAGUGGGCAAGGCGUGAAGGAGAAGGUGUGUGUCUCCGUCCGCGUAUUGAGCGUGCCGCGCUGCAAAGUAGUAUGAUUUACCGGUACAUCAAUAAACGCACUGCCGCAUUGU